AUGCGCUUCUGCCUGGCUCUGGCAUGGACACUGCUAGUUGGUCCUUGGGCCCCCAUGGAAGCUGAGAACCCCAUUUCGUGGGAGGUGCAACGAUUUGAUGGGUGGUACAACAACCUUAUGGAGCACAGAUGGGGCAGCAAAGGCUCUCGGCUACAGCGUACAAUCCCAGCCAGCUAUGCAGAUGGUGUCUACCAGCCCUUGGGAGAACCCUACCUGCCCAAUGCCCGGGACCUUAGCAACACUGCCAUGAAGGGCCCUGCAGGGCAGGCCUCCCAGCGAAACCGAACGGUGUUGGGGGUCUUCUUUGGCUACCACGUGCUCUCGGACCUGGUGAGUGUGGAGACGCCCGGCUGCCCCGCCGAGUUCCUCAACAUCCGCAUCCCACCCGGGGACCCUGUGUUUGAUCCCGACCAGCGCGGGGACGUGGUGCUGCCUUUCCAGAGGAGCCGCUGGGACCCCGAGACCGGACGGAGCCCCAGCAACCCGCGGGACCUGACCAACGAGGUGACGGGCUGGCUGGACGGCAGCUCCAUCUAUGGCUCUUCACAUUCCUGGAGCGACGCGCUCCGGAGCUUCUCCAAGGGACAGCUGGCAUCGGGGCCCGAUCCCGCCUUCCCUCGAGACUCGCAGAACUCCCUACUCAUGUGGGCCGCGCCCGAUCCCGCCACCGGGCAGCGCGGACCCCAGGGGCUGUACGCCUUCGGGGCCGAGAAAGGGAACCGGGACCCCUUCCUGCAGGCGCUGGGCCUGCUCUGGUUCCGCUACCACAACCUGUGGGCUCAGAGACUGGCCUCCCCCUGUCCUCUCUCUGACCCUCAGAACAUUGCUCUGUAUGAGUGGCUGCCCAGCUUCCUGCAGAAAACACCCCCGGAGUACACAGGAUACAAGCCAUUUCUGGACCCCAGCAUCUCCCCUGAGUUUGUGGUGGCCUCUGAGCAGUUCCUCUCCACCAUGGUGCCCCCUGGCAUUUACAUGAGAAAUUCCAGUUGCCACUUCCAGGGGGUCAUCAAUCAGAACUCAAGUGUCUCCAGAGCAUUCCGGGUCUGCAAUAACUACUGGAAACGAGAGCACCCAAACCUACGAAGUGCUAAAGAUGUGGAUGCAUUGCUGCUGGGCAUGGCCUCCCAGAUUGCUGAGCGAGAGGACCAUGUGGUGGUUGAAGACGUUCGAGAUUUCUGGCCUGGGCCACUGAAGUUUUCCCGCACAGACCAUCUGGCCGGCUGCCUGCAGCGGGGCCGGGAUCUGGGCCUGCCCUCCUACACCAAGGCCAGAGAAGCACUGGGCCUGCCUCCCAUUACCCGAUGGCAGGACAUCAACCCUGAACUCACCAGGAGUGAUGGCACAGUGCUGGAGGCCAUAGCUGUCCUGUACAACCAGGACCUGUCUCGGCUAGAGCUACUCCCAGGGGGGCUCCUGGAGAGUCAUGGGGACCCUGGACCACUAUUCAGCACCAUCGUCCUCAACCAGUUUGUGCGAUUGCGAGAUGGUGACCGGUACUGGUUUGAGAACAUCAAGAAUGGGCUAUUCUCUGAGCAGGAGAUUGCAGAGAUAAGAAACACUUCCCUAUGGGAUGUUCUAGUGGCUAUUACCAACGUGAACCCCAGUGCCCUGCAGCCCAAUGUCUUUUUCUGGCGUGAGGGAGACCCCUGCCCACAGCCAAGACAGCUCAGCACCGAGGGCCUGCCAACCUGUGCUCCCCCUGUCAUCCGGGACUAUUUUGAGGGCAGUGGAUUUGGCUUUGGGGUGACCAUUGGGAUCCUCUGCUGCUUCCCCUUGGUGAGCCUGCUCAGUGCCUGGAUUGUUGCCCAGCUCCGGAUGAGAAAUUUCAAGAGGCUCCAGGGCCAGGACCGUCAGAGCAUCAUGUCUGAGAAGCUGGUGGAGGGUGUGGAAGCCUUGGAAUGGCAGGGCCGCAAGGAGCCCUGCCGGCCUGUGCUCGUCCAGCUGCAGCCUGGGCAGAUCCGUCUGGUAGACGGCAGGCUCACUGUGCUCCGCACCAUCCAGCUGCGGCCUCCACAGCAGGUCAACCUCAUCCUCUCCAACAACCGUGGACGCCGCACCUUGCUACUCAAAAUCCCCAAGGAGUAUGACCUGGUGCUGCUGUUUAACCUGGAAGGAGAGCGGCAGGCGCUGGUAGAGAACCUCCGGGGUGCCCUGAAGGAGAGUGGGCUGAGCUUCCAAGAGUGGGAGCUACACGAGCAGGAGCUGAUGAGGGCAGCUGUAACACGAGAGCAUCGGAGCCACCUCCUAGAGACCUUUUUCAGGCACCUUUUCUCCCAGGUGCUGGACAUCAACCAGGCAGAUGCAGGGACCCUGCCCCUGGACUCAUCCCAGAAGGUACAGGAGGCUUUGACAUGUGAGCUGAGUAGGACUGAGUUUGCGGAGUCCCUGGGCCUCAAGCCCCAGGACAUGUUUGUGGAGUCCAUGUUCUCUCUCGCUGACAAGGAUGGCAAUGGCUACCUGUCAUUUCGGGAGUUUCUGGACAUCCUGGUGGUUUUUAUGAAAGGCUCCCCUGAGGAGAAGUCCCGCCUUAUGUUCCGCAUGUAUGACUUUGAUGGGAAUGGUCUUAUUUCCAAGGACGAGUUCAUCAGGAUGCUAAGGUCCUUCAUUGAGAUCUCCAACAACUGCCUCUCCAAGGCCCAGCUGGCUGAGGUGGUGGAGUCUAUGUUCAGGGAGUCAGGCUUCCAGGACAAGGAGGAGCUGACGUGGGAGGACUUCCACUUCAUGCUGCGGGACCAUGACACAGAUCUCCGCUUCACUCAGCUCUGCGUCAAAGGAGUGGAAGUGCCUGAAGUCAUCAAGGACCUCUGCCGGAGAGCCUCCUACGUCAGCCCGGAGAAGAUCUGUCCUUCUCCCAGAGUGAGAGCCCGCUGCUCCCGCAGUGAUGUCCAGACUGAGUGGACGCCACAGAGACUGCAGUGCCCCAUGGACACAGACCCUCCCCAGGAGAUUCGGCGGAGGUUUGGCAAAAAGGUGACGUCUUUCCAGCCCCUGCUGUUCACUGAGGCACACCGAGAGAAGUUUCAACGCAGCCGUCGCCACCAGACUGUGCAGCAAUUCAAGCGUUUCGUCGAGAACUACAGACGCCACAUAGGUUGCGUGGCCGUGUUCUACGCCAUAGCUGGAGGGCUGUUCCUGGAAAGGGCCUACUACUACGCCUUUGCAGCACACCACAUGGGCAUCACAGACACCACCCGCGUGGGCAUCAUCCUGUCGCGGGGCACGGCGGCCAGCAUCUCUUUUAUGUUCUCCUACAUCCUGCUCACCAUGUGCCGCAACCUCAUCACGUUCCUGCGAGAGACCUUCCUCAACCGCUACGUGCCCUUCGACGCCGCCGUGGACUUCCAUCGCCUCAUUGCCUCCACUGCCAUCGUCCUCACAGUCUUGCACAGUGCCGGCCACGUGGUGAAUGUGUUCCUGUUCUCCAUCAGUCCACUCAGUGUCCUCUCCUGCCUCUUCCCCGGCCUCUUCCACGAUGAUGGGUCUGAGUUCCCCCAGAAGUAUUACUGGUGGUUCUUCCAAACUGUUCCAGGCCUCACAGGAGUUGUGCUGCUCCUGGUCCUGGCCAUCAUGUAUGUCUUCGCCUCCCACCACUUCCGCCGCCGCAGCUUCCGGGGCUUCUGGCUGACCCACCACCUCUACAUCCUUCUCUACGUCCUGCUCAUCAUCCAUGGCAGCUUUGCUUUGAUUCAGCUGCCACGUUUCCACAUCUUCUUCCUGGUCCCAGCACUCAUCUAUGGAGGGGACAAGCUGGUGAGCCUGAGCCGAAAGAAGGUGGAGAUCAGUGUGGUGAAGGCGGAGCUGCUGCCCUCAGGAGUGACUUACCUGCGGUUCCAGCGGCCUCAGGGCUUUGAGUACAAGUCUGGGCAGUGGGUGCGGAUCGCCUGUCUGGCUCUGGGGACCACUGAGUACCACCCCUUCACACUGACCUCUGCACCCCAUGAGGACACCCUUAGCCUGCACAUCCGGGCAGCAGGGCCCUGGACCACUCGCCUCAGGGAGAUCUACUCACCCCCAAUGGGUGACAGAUGUGCCAAAUACCCAAAGCUGUACCUUGAUGGACCAUUUGGAGAGGGCCACCAGGAGUGGCAUAAAUUUGAAGUGUCAGUGUUGGUGGGAGGGGGCAUUGGGGUCACCCCUUUUGCCUCCAUCCUGAAAGACCUGGUCUUCAAGUCAUCAGUCAGCUGCCAAGUGUUCUGUAAGAAGAUCUACUUCAUCUGGGUGACGCGGACCCAGCGGCAGUUCGAGUGGCUGGCUGACAUCAUCAGGGAGGUAGAGGAGAAUGACCACCAGGACCUGGUGUCUGUGCACAUCUACAUCACUCAGCUGGCUGAGAAGUUCGACCUCAGGACCACUAUGCUAUACAUCUGUGAGCGGCACUUCCAGAAGGUGCUAAACCGGAGUCUGUUCACGGGUCUGCGCUCUGUCACCCACUUUGGUCGACCUCCCUUUGAGCCCUUCUUCAACUCCCUGCAGGAGGUCCACCCACAGGUUCGGAAGAUUGGGGUGUUUAGCUGUGGCCCCCCUGGCAUGACCAAGAAUGUGGAAAAGGCCUGUCAGGUCAUCAACAGACAGGACCGGACUCAUUUCUCCCACCAUUAUGAGAACUUCUAG